CCUGCUGUGUUUGUCUUUCAGAUCACCUUCAGAAUUAUGUUGGAAAAGAGGAGGAUUUCUCUGACCAGCAGCUAUAUGAACAGGAGAUGCAUUCCAGUUUGGACCAAGAGAAACCAGAAGCUCUGCAGAUAAAAGAAGAGCAGAAAGAACCAGAACCUCCCUGGACAAAAGAGGAAACCACGGAGCUCCCCAUAAGCGAGCAUGAAGAGCAGCUUGUUCUAAAGCAGGAGCCUGUUAAUAGUGUCAAGAAACCUUUUUGUAUGACCUGUGGAAAAAGCUUCACUCUGAAAUCUAGUCUUAAUAGACAUAUCAGAACUCACACAGGUGAGAAACCAUUCUCAUGUUUGAUUUGUGGCAAAGGUUUUAAUGUAAAAGGUUAUUUGAUUGACCACAUGAAAACUCACACAUGUGAAAAGCGUUUAAAAUGUCUGCCCUGUGGAAAAACCUUCACAAGGAAAUCUUAUUUCAAGGAACACAUUAGAACUCACACAAGUAAGAAGGCUCAAAAAUGUCUAUCCUGUGGAAAAAGUUUCAGCUUUAAAUCUGCCCUUUACAAACACAUCAGAAUUCAUAAAGUAGCGAAGCCUUUGAAAUGUCUGUCCUGUGGGAAAAACUUCCCCUGUAAAUCUGCCCUUGAUAGACACGUCAGAAUUCACACAGGUGAGAAGCCUUUCUCCUGUACGAUUUGUGGCAAAACCUUUACUCAAAAAGGUUAUUUGACUUACCACAUGGGAAGUCACACAGAUGAGAAGCGUUUUAAAUGUCUGUCCUGUGGAAAAAGCUUCCCCUGUAAAUCUGGCCUUAAUGCACACACCAGAAUGCACACAGGUGAGAAGCCGUACUUAUGCACGAUUUGUGGCAAAAGUUAUACUCUUAAAGGUCAUUUGCAUGACCAUAUGAGAACUCACACGGGUGAGAAGCCUUUCGAAUGUCUGUCCUGUGGAAAAACAUUCACAAGGAAAUCUUAUCUUACCGCACACAUCAGAAUUCACACAGGUGAAAAGCCUUUCUCUUGCACAAUUUGUGGCAAAACCUUUACCCAUAAAGGUAACUUGACUGACCACAUGAAGCAUCACACAGGUGAGAAGCCUUUCAAAUGUCCAUCCUGUAGAAAAAGCUUCACCUGUAAAUCUGCCCUUAAAAAACACAUUAGAAUUCAUACAGGUGAGAAGCCUUUCUUAUGUACGAUUUGUGGCAAAAGUUUUACUGCAGAACGGUAUAUGACUGACCACAUGAGAAGUCACACAGGUGAGAAGCCUUUCGAGUGUCUGUCCUGUGGAAAAAGCUUCACUUAUAAAUCUGCCCUUAAUAGACACAGCAAAAUUCACCCAGGUGAAAAGCCGAUUUUAUGUAAGAUUUGUGGAAAAACUUUAACUCGAAAAGGUCAUUUCAAUUGUCAAAUGACAACUAACUCAGAAAGGCCUUUUCUUGAAUGACCUGUGGUAGUUCUUUAAUUUUUCAUCCAUGAAACAUAAGACUAUCUAAAAAGAAGGAGCUUUAAAGUUUCUAAAAUAAGUUUCAAAAUAUUAUUUUGUAAAUAUUAUUUUUAUUUUACUGCCGUGUAAACAAAAAAGAGAUCUAAAAUUCCACCUGGAUUGUUGGACUAAUGGAAUUCGACAACCACAUUUUACUUGCACCCCUACUGGCUGGCAUCAUUGGAAACUAUAGUGGGUUUUACCUUUCCAACAAGGGGUUGGAGGUUUUUGUCUGACUAUUUCUGAAGAAGCAAUUUGCUUGAUUAACACAUUGGGUGUGCUAAAUCGGCACAUUAGGCUCCAGAUAAGACUGAUCGCCUUAUCCAUGGCUACAAUGUCCAUUUCAUCAAUCUUUGCAGUGUUAUUUCUUCUCUCGCCAAUAUAUGACAUGACU